GAGGCACUCAGAUCUGCAGAAGGAGAAGGACUUGGUGCUUGAUGAAGUGUUCAAGCUACAGGAACAGAUCAGGCUUGAGAGGAAAGAGCAUGACGAUAGUACACACUCAAGCAACAGUCGAUUCGAUGCUCUACAGAAGAAGAUUAGCUUAUUAGUAGAAGAGGGCAGGAAUAGAGAGGUGCAGCUUGGAGAAGAGGAGCUCAAGAUUGGCAAAGCUCAGAUAGAGAUAUUUGUAUUGCAACAGUGUUUGAAUGACAUGGCGGAAGUAAAUUACGAGAUCUCAGCACAGUUGAAAGAGAAGAAAGAAACAUGCAAGGUCCAGGAGGGUAAAAUGUACAGUUUAUCACAGCAUAAUCAGAAACUAACUGAAGGAAUUGAUUCAGUGGUGAGAGUAUUGCAUUUGGAUCGUAAGUAUGAAUCACUAGACCAAAUGAAGCUUGAAAUCAUUGUGCAGCUCAUCUUGAAUGAGAUAAGCUGCCUGCUGAAUAAUGUAUCCGAUGCCCAGGAUGUGAAGCAGAAUGAGCUUGUUGAGAAAUCACUUGUUACACUUCUGGAGCAUUUUGGGCAAGAGGUGGCUGACUUGAGGUCAGAGCGGAAUGCCUUGAAGCAAGAUCAGCAGACAAAGAAUGACGAACUUCUCCAGCUGCAGAGAGAAAAAGAGGAACUUAUGAAGAUAAGUGAUGAGUUCUUGGAAGAGGUAGAGGCUCGUAACCAUAAAGUGGAUGAGCUAAAGGAUGAGGCAAAGUUCUUAGUUGGAAGGCUGUCAGAACUGCAGGAGUCCAGGAGGUUAUUGCAAAGCGAGAUGACCAAGCUGUUACAAGCGAACUCUUUUCUGUCAAAUGAAUUAAAUGACUCCAUUGAGAAACGUAAGAUGUUUGAACAUGACUUCAGCAAUCUUGUUACUGAAGCAGUCAGCAAAGAUAUCCUCAGUGUGAUUUUUAGAAGCCUUCAUGAAGAGAGGACAUUGCAGCUGAAGUCUUUGCAUAAUAAUUUUGGCUGCCUACAAACAGCAGGCAAUGAACUUUAUCAGGAGAUCAAGAUGAUGAACAAGAGGCUUGGAGACAUAGAAAUCGAGAACAAUCACCUUGGCAAAGAACUAAGUAGAACCAUGAGUGUUUACGGUGGGUCUAUUGUGCAAACUGCUGAAGAAAAAGGACAUCCAGGGUGGAGAGAUGCCAGGCUUCUGAAUUCUGACAGAAAAACCCAAGAUUACCAUGUAAACAUGGAGGUGGAACAACACAAAGAAUUCGGCGAUGCUAAUUUUCAGGAGUCAAGUGAAAUGCUACAGGAUGAGGUAUUUAAGUUGAGGAACGAAGUGGAAAUGCUUAGGAGCAAGGAGAACACUGUGUUCGACAUCAGAGCUUGUGAUGAGGAGAUCAUUAAAUUGCUGGCUAACAUGCAGAUGGACAUCACGAAUGCAGCUCUGUUCAAGGAGAAGGUCCUUGAGCUCAUCAUAACAUGCGAGAGUUUUGAGAUAAGUGCCAUGGUACAGAAGGAGGUGCUGAAGGAAGAAAUCAUACAAAGAAACUCAUAUGUAGAUGAGCUCAAGGACAAACUGAAUGCUGUUGAGAUUGAAAACAGAAGACUCAAGGUCGAUCUAAAUGGUGAUUUCAUGAUGUUAGGAUAAUUGCAGAAUGAAAUCAGUGCCCUGGAAGAGCAAACCUUGUCCCUUGCCAAUGACUGCUUGCAAUCAAAUAAGCUCGGA